AUGGAAAUUUAUAGUCACAUUGAAAUAUAUGGUAAAAUUGAAAUAUAUGGUAGAAUUGAGGAAAAAAGUUGGCCUCGUUUGCCACUUUUCGUCUCACACGUGUGGACCUGUGCACAUGGGAACCUGUGCACGUGUAACCAUCGCCUCUUAACAGUGUUAAGUGUUUUUUGUUUAGGGGGGUGA